GCUGCAACAGAAAACCUUUUACUUUGCAAGAGGCUCUCAUGUGGCGGGAAUAUUCCAUCGUGCCAAGGCACCAAAAUCACUGGGUUGUGACACAAAGCAGACAGAGUAACUAUUGCCUGGCUGAAGGCUGGAGAUGAGGCACCUCUGAAACCUCCACUCAUGACAUAUUGCCAGAACUCCAGGAAAGGGCUGGGCCUGGUGUUGCCCUCCCUCUUACUUUUACCUCUGCUUCAGGUUUUAUAUAGCAAAGGCUCCAUGUCUUGAUGGUGGAAGAAUAUGCCUUCAGCCCUGCUGGGCCUGGGAAGUGUGCCUAGUCUUUCCCUUUAAUACCUGGGCUGUUCUCCCUCUGUCUGGGCAGGAUCCUUGUAAUAGGGUGGUGUGAAGCACUAGCUGAAAUAGGAAAAUAAUGUGAUUGACAUUCAUAGUGAAAUGGUGCCUAGGCUUGUCUCAUGCUGGGCUCUGCACAGACUCCUAGCAAGAAACAGCUGCUUCCCAAGGGAGAUUAGUGUCAGCAGAGCUUGGAGCAGCUGUUAUUGGGGAGGGGUUGUUGCCUACAUACCUAGCUGGGGAUUUCCUAGAGGGAGCCAUGCUCCUUCCUUCUUGUAGAGACAGCUUGGAAGAUUGUACAACCAGAAGUGUAUGCUCUGGCUCUUUCUGCUGGGCUUCUGAGUAUGCCCUUUUGCUGAGCACUCUCCCUUUGCAAAGAAACUGUUUUCAGCAUGGCAGCCUGUAGUGGAAACAGCCAUUUCAAAACAACAAUUGCUGGUUAAGUUUGCCCAGAGUGGGGAGGUAGACUCUUCCCAGUUAAGGAUUGCAGCCAUGUUGCCUAACCCCAAGUAGAUUGCAGCUGGCACAUAUUCAUUUUGUAGCACUUUGAUUGGAGCCUCUACACAUGAAUAAGACCAAAUUUGGAAUUGGGGUGGGGGGAGGGUUAGUCUGCUAGGUGUGGUUUCCACCACACUCCAGCUGCUCCAGUUUAGAGUAAGGAAGACCUGGCCUGAAUAGAAGCUGUUCCCAGGACUCAUGUAUAUUGCAGCAAAAACAAUAGGGUGACCUAUAUGUAGGGCUCUGAAACCACUAACACUGUACAUUUACGUAGAGCACAGCAAUAGGAACGCAAGACGUGGGAUGGGAUGCAUUAAUUGGGCUGUUUGCAGCAUCAUAGGGAAGGCUGAUUGCUUGCUGCCUUGCUUUCCUUACUUCAGGAUUCCACACUAGGGAGGGGAGGUAUAGAGCAGGGGAAGGUGGGGUUAGUAGUUCUUCCCUGUCUGAUACAGGGCUUGCUGAGCUGUGGAAUGUUCAUGCAUUUAAUUAAUUUUCCAUUUUCUUCUCAGUUCACCCACUCCUCUUUUUUACGCAUUGGGCAGCUGAGCAAUGUCGAUCUUGAUGAUGAUGCAGAUGAGCUGGAAACAGAGGUCCCUCACCAGUUUCCCAAUGAGAUUCCUCACAACGAGAAACUCCUCUCUCUUAAAUAUGAGAGCCUGGAUUAUGACAACAGUGAAAAUCAGUUGUUUUUGGAAGAGGAAAGGAGAAUAAACCAUGCGGCAUUUCAAACAGUGGAGAUCAAACGCUGGGUCAUCUGUGGCAUGAUUGGGAUUCUCACUGGCCUUGUCGCCUGUUUCAUCGAUAUUGUGGUGGAGAAGCUGGCUGGGCUGAAGUACAAAGUGGUGAAAGACAAUAUUGACAAGUUCACCGAGAAGGGGGGCCUGUCUUUCUCCCUGUUACUCUGGGCGACACUGAACUCCAGCAUGGUGAUGGUUGGCUCCAUCAUUGUUGCUUUCAUAGAGCCUGUAGCAGCUGGCAGUGGGAUUCCCCAGAUCAAGUGUUACCUUAAUGGUGUGAAGAUUCCCCAUGUUGUUCGGCUCAAGACUCUGAUGGUUAAGGUCUGUGGAGUGAUUCUCUCAGUGGUUGGAGGCCUGGCUGUGGGGAAGGAAGGGCCAAUGAUUCACUCUGGAGCAGUCAUUGCAGCUGGGAUCUCACAAGGAAGAUCCACAUCUUUGAAGCGUGACUUCAAGAUCUUUGAAUACUUCCGCAGAGACACAGAGAAAAGGGAUUUUGUCUCGGCUGGAGCUGCUGCUGGUGUUUCGGCUGCUUUUGGUGCCCCUGUUGGGGGAGUUCUCUUCAGCUUGGAAGAAGGAGCUUCCUUCUGGAAUCAGUUCUUGACGUGGAGAAUUUUCUUUGCCUCCAUGAUCUCUACAUUCACACUGAACUCAGUCCUGAGCGUUUACCAUGGCAAUGCCUGGGACCUUUCUAACCCAGGGCUUAUCAACUUCGGCAGGUUUGAUAAUGAGAAAAUGGAAUACACGAUCCAGGAAAUUCCAAUCUUCAUAGUUAUGGGAGUGGUUGGUGGAAUUCUUGGUGCAAUGUUCAAUGCCUUGAAUUACUGGCUCACCAUGUUCCGCAUCAGGUACAUCCACCGCCCAUGCCUGCAAGUGGUUGAGGCCAUGUUGGUGGCAGCAGUGACAGCAGCUGUGGGAUUUGUGAUGAUUUACUGCUCCAGGGACUGCCAGCCCCUCCAAGGAAAUGCUGUGGCCUAUCCCCUUCAGCUCUUCUGUGCCGAUGGCGAGUAUAACUCGAUGGCCACUGCCUUCUUCAACACACCAGAGAAAAGUGUCGUCAGCCUCUUUCAUGAUCCUCCGGGCACUUACAACCCCAUGACCCUAGGGAUGUUCACGCUGAUGUAUUUCUUUCUGGCCUGCUGGACCUAUGGUCUCACGGUGUCUGCAGGAGUCUUCAUCCCAUCUUUGCUGAUUGGUGCUGCGUGGGGGAGGCUCUUUGGCAUUUCAUUGUCCUACUUGACUGGAUCGAUCUGGGCUGACCCUGGAAAAUACGCUCUGAUGGGAGCUGCAGCACAACUGGGUGGGAUAGUGAGGAUGACACUGAGCCUGACGGUCAUCAUGAUGGAAGCAACAAGCAAUGUCACCUAUGGCUUUCCCAUCAUGCUGGUGCUGAUGACAGCUAAAAUUGUUGGGGACUUCUUUGUGGAGGGUCUAUAUGACAUGCACAUCCAGCUGCAGAGCGUUCCUUUCCUGCACUGGGAAGCUCCAGUCACUUCUCAUUCCCUCACAGCCAGGGAGGUGAUGAGCACACCUGUUACCUGUCUUAGAAGGAAGGAGAAGGUGGGAACCAUCGUGGACAUCCUCAGUGAUGCAUCUUCCAAUCACAAUGGCUUCCCUGUGGUAGAGAAUGAAACAGACACCAUGCAGGUGGCUGGACUGAGAGGCCUUAUCCUGCGCUCACAGCUGAUCGUUCUUCUGAAGCACAAGGUCUUUGUGGAAAGAGCCAACCUGAGCCUGGUUCAGCGGAGGCUGAAGCUGAAGGAUUUCCGGGAUGCCUAUCCUCGCUUCCCCCCAAUCCAGUCUAUUCAUGUCUCCCAGGAUGAGCGUGAAUGUAUGAUGGACCUGACUGAGUUCAUGAAUCCAUCACCCUACACGGUGCCCCAGGAGGCGUCUCUUCCGAGAGUGUUCAAGCUGUUUCGGGCCCUGGGCCUGCGGCACUUGGUGGUAGUGGACAAUCGCAAUGAGGUGGUCGGGAUGGUAACCAGGAAGGAUCUCGCUAGAUAUAGACUAGGCAAAGAGGGCCUGGAAGAGCUGUCCCUGGCACAGACGUGACACUCCGGUGGCACUACCCAUUGGAAAUGCUUGCCGGCGUCCUGGUGUCCCCAGUGCUCUGAGAUUGAAGUCCUGUUUCCUUGGAAGUGAUGGAGGGAACCAGUCCCUGCAGGCUGCUGUGUCCAGAGGUUACUUGGCACAGAAACCCAGCCCCUGACUCUUUUGUUCAUAGCUGUAUUCCUGUUUUUUAAUGGUUUUCUUUCCUCUGUGCCUUCUGGGCCUUACUACCCACCGCCGUUCUCUGUUUGCCCCAAGGGAUCAGAUAUCAGUAAGUUCCCAUAUGCCUCCUCUGUGCUGAUGUCAGGCUGGAGAACACUGGUGUAUGAGAGAGCCAGGCAGAGCAACCUAGAGCUUUGGAGAGCACCACUAGGCUACGGACAGUAACACCCUGCAGCAGCCCAGCCCAUUGCAGCCCCUCUUUGCUGGGCUUUGGAAAGCAAAGCCAGGGUGUUGUGAACCAAUCUGCAGCCUCUGCUGCCUCUGGGUCACCUCUGUGCUGUACCUCUUCUACCCAGGACUUGGCUAUGGGCCUGCUUUGCACUGCCACUGCCAUAUGUCUCCAAGCCAUGACCUUGCAAAGCAGAGCUCCCAAGGUCUGGUUCAGCUGCUGGGCUGCCUUUGAAUCCCAUUGGCUAAGGGAGACACAUCCCUCAAUUUCACAGCCUUAGAUGUCCAGUCAGGCAGGUCACCUGGUCCUUGUUACACAGUACAGGCACCUCAGAACAGGCUGUAUCCAUGUGCUUGUGGGGGGCUAGCCUGGGAAGACACUUUGCUGGGUCAGCCUCUUCUGUGUCCUGUGGCCAGGAUCUGCUCUGAUGGCCAAACAGCUGGCACCACCCUGCUGCAGCUGCUCAGGAGCAGCUUGCACAGAGCCACAACUCCUCUCUGCCUGCACUGUGGGGCCUGGCAGGCUGCUGAGCCCCUUUUCCCAUGCCUGCUCUUCCCUGUCACUUCACGUGGGUGGCUCACAGAGGGUGCCUGCUGGAAAGCUGAAAGCAGAGGCUGAGCAUCCUUGCACCCAGGGCAGAGGGUGUGGGCAAGUGUGUGGCAAAGACAGUUCCCAGGAAGCAGUAAGGAUGCAGUUCUCUUUGGACACAGGGCAGUUGCCCACUGCACAAACUUAGGACAAAAACCUCGAACGCUAGUCGGACACAGAGAGCCAGGGAGCCUCAGCCUGUUCCCCAUGGGUCCUGUGCUCUGAGGGUGGGGGAUGUGGCAUAGAGCUUUGGUCAAGCUCCCUAAGGAGUUUAUGCCAUUGUCUGCAGGAAGCCAGCUCCUGCCAUAAUGCUGCAGGGAAACAUAGCUCUAGCCCAGUUCAGCUGCCCUGGAGAUGGGCCCCCAUAGGGGAGGGGUAAGGAGGGAGUUACAGGCAGAGGGAGCGGGCUCCUUAGGAACACAGCAACUCCAGUACUCUGUCUCUGCUCUGGGGAAAGUGGCAGCCUCCAGCAUGAACUUGCUCCCACUUGGAUCUCACUGGUUCUGCUUCAUGCCUGGCUGGGGUGCCCAACUUCUGACCACCUGAUGUCCCUGUGGCCCACAUAGCAAAAGCCAGGGCCUGAAUGCCUCCCACAUAGCAAGAGCCAGGGCCCAGCAGGCAGGGGAGGGGCUGAAACCAGCUGCACUGGGAGAAAUAAAAUUGCUGGAACCAGAGGUUGCAGCUGGACCUGCUGUUCCUCUUGGGACAUGGCCCAGGUGGAGAGCUGAUGGGGCUCAAUGCCCAGCUCCUGGGGCAGCAUGCAGGGAUGGAGAGAUGGUGAGGAUUCCUAGGGACUAGUGUAAAUUCAGACCUGGCUCAGCUUGGCCACCAUCAGCCAAGGGGAAAGGCCAGGCCAGAGUGUUUCUAGCUGGGCUGCUGCACAGGCCAUGCUGUGUUCCAGGGCUCUGGCGGCUGUGGGUGCAAUGGGUACUGCCAGCAGGGCAGCCUGGCAAUCUGAGCCACCUCCUUCACCCACCCCUACUCAUUGUCUCCCAAGUUCCCUGUGCCCUGGCUCUGCCAGUGGGUUACUCAGCCAGGCCCUCACUGCCUGUGCCAGUGCUGUGGAGGGUAAUGAACUCCAAAAAUGGCCUAACUUGAAUUCUGGAGACUUUGACCUAAAAAUGCCCUUUGUGCAGCCACCAAACCUCCAGGACUUGGCAUCUUUGGCCUUUGCACCUCAAAACAAAGUACAGGCAGCUGCUGAUGGAACUCAUUGCCAAGUGUAUGCAGGGGAGGGAGAAGUACACAAGACCUGGCUUUAGGACUUCAGCCAGGCACCAUCAUCUGGACAGUGUUUUGGGCACAGAGGACACAAUGCCCACUGGUUCCCUUGUGCCCUGGUAGAGCUGUUACAAAUCUGCCCUGAUGGGGAUGUGCUGCUCUGGUAGCUCGCUUGGGGCAGUCUUGGGGGGGGGGAAGGCAAAGCCCAAGGCAGCCUCCAAGUCACCAGAGCCAGGUGCCCAUGUUGCCAUGUGCUUUCUCUGUCCUGCUGGCUGUCUGCACCUAGGAGUUCAGAAACUGUGCAGCCCCUGUGCAUCAUGUGCUAAGGCAGCAGGUCACCCUGUAGGAAGGGCUGAGGGGGGUCCCUCUGGUGACUGAAAUACCAGCCCCAUGUGGGGGUUUGGACUGUUGCUGGUGGACAAGUGUUUUUUAAUUGUGCUAGAGCUGCAGCUGUGCUAACGGCUAUGAUGAUGUGAACCUGGUGGGGAAGAGGUCUGCACUGCUAAGUCUAGCAGGUUCUUGGGCUCAUGCUCCCUGGGUUGCAGGUGUAAACUGGGCAGCAGCUGAGCACACAUUGUCUCCCCUCUGCUCCAGAUCCUGAGGCCUUCAGCCUGCUGACUUGCAUGUGCAACUGGCUCUUGCACAAAUGUGCAGUGACCUGGAGACGCUUCCUGCGAGCUCCUCAGCUAAGCAUGCUUCUCAGCCAAGCAUGUACCUGCAGCCCCCAAGGCAGGGCUGGGCUCCUCACAGUGGGAGGCAGAGCAGAGUCCUGUGAGGCUGUAGUAUUAAGCCAGGCCCCCACCCCUCCCCUCUUCACUUCAAAUUCUCAUCCUUCGGUAGCUGCAUUUUUAAGUGGUUGCAAAACCCAGACGUCUAUUUUGGAAGCCGUGAGAUUUUCUACGGAGCGUGUGAGACGGGAGAUAUUUUUGUGCUGAAUAAAGCCUGUUUCUACUUUCAUGCAGGUAUUGGCUGCUUUCUCUGCUAUGAAGGCACCUGUAGCUAGGCCUAGCCCAGGCUGUGAUGCUCCUAAUCUGGCUUGUCUGGGUCUAGGCAAAAUGGGAGGCAGGUGCCUGCUGGGGAGGUGCUGGGAGGGGAGUUGGUCCUGCCACCAGCCCCAAGUGGCGUCUGUGUUCACAGGCAGUGUUUUGGCCUUAGCCUCUGCCACUGAUGGCCUGGGAGCCACUAGGGCUGAGGGCUACAUCCUUAUGCAGGGAGCCAGUGAUAUGGCCUGCCCUGCUCCUGUCUCUUGCUCCCAGCUGAGGCAGAGCUGGAUGAGAGAGGAAACCAGAUGGUGAGCACCACCCUAGCCCUCGCAUCCCACCAUUGUUUAGUUCCAGCAGGCACGGGACCAUGCUAGCAGCUGCUGCAUGGUUGCUCUGGAAAGCCAGGGGGUCACUACUCUGCCACGUGUCCCAGAGACACUGAGCUUCACCAUCUCUGUGUACCCAGUAGAGCAAGGAGGGUGCAGGCUGGAGGGAGCCAACAGGCCCCAGUGUGGGGCACAGGUCAGUGUAACCCCAGGCCAGCAACUGAGGCUAACCUGCACCAUCCCCUCUCUGUGCCCAGCUCAACAUCCGGUGCAGCAAGGCAUUGCCAUUUGUAAAGUCCAUUGAGAUGCAGAGCUCUUCUGCCAAAAUGUCACUGCAGCAUUUUGCCCCACUUCCUGCUGGUACCUGUGGGUCAGAGAUUCUGUCACAGGGCACCAAGGCAUACAAGUGCUGCUUUCCUGCUUAACUGGCAGCGGGCAUGAGGUUGGGGCCCAAUCACCACUGUUGCUAGGCACAGCCUGCUGCCCUCAAAGGCUUCAUCACUGAAGCUAUAGAUUGAGGCUCCAGCCUUCCUGGAGCAGUUACAGAGGAAAUUUAAGACCUAGGCCUGACUAAGGCUGCCCCAACUGGCCAAGAGAGACUCCUCCCUGGGCCAUGGCACUGAAGCUUGGAGCUGGCAAGAGAUUCUCACAACUGAAAUGAAUGACAGGAACAGCCACAGUGCCAGCUGCUGCUGCUGAUUGCCUCUGGCCUCUUCUUGCCCAGCACAAACUGGCUGGUUGUUCUUCCCUUCCCUUUGCUGGCUUCCGUCCUUCCUUUCAUCUGCUCUUGAAGUAAGCCCCCUCCUUAGUAAAAGCAAAGAGGCCCACUGUCUCUGGACUUGCUCACUCUGGGGAGGUCUGUCUUCCUGGCCACAUGGCUCCAGUCAGCUUUUGGGUGCAGAGCCUGUCUGUGCCCAGAACAAGUACCCCAGUUGCCAGCCUUGGUUGGUCCUUACCUGCAAACAAGAUGAGUAAUAUGCCUGCCCUGAAAACUGCCAAGUGUGGCAGGGGGGUGGUUUGAACAUGACAGUUGUUCCAUGGGCUGACUUGCUGCUGGCAGGGAAGCAUCUGACUGAUGCCUUUCAGCCUGCUGCCUUAAGCCUACCCUGUGGGGCCUGCAUGGUGAGUAACAGGGAGCUCUGCUCCUGUUUGCUACCUUGGCAGACGUAGCUGGAAGCACAUGGUGUGGGCAUCCGAUGCCCCUUGGUCUUGCUGUCUCUGCCUCUUGUGUCUGUUCUUCCCCUGGCCCUCCCUUGACCCUUUGCAUUUCUUUCCCAAGUGUGGUCAGAUGAGCAGGCUGCCCUGCUGGCCAUUCCCUGGUGGCUUUGCUGCCUGCUGAAAGGGUCCACACUGGAAAAAUGAAUGCUUGCCAUUCACCUGUGAGCACUAACACCUGCAAUGUUAACAGGAGUGGCAGUGGUGGGAGCAGUUAUGCUGAGGCAUGGUUCAGGCUGCCAGUCCGUACAAUGGAUGCCACUGCAUUCAUCCUGCUUGGGCCAUGGAAGAACUGGUCACAACUGGGAGGCAUAGACACUUACUUAAAAGCCAGAGGACACAGGCCCUGACUCCCCUGUGCAGCCUCCUGACCCAUUUGUGGUGCCCGAGCUGCCUGGCAACAGGCCUUCUGUGGCCUCAUGUCUAUGUGUAUAGUGCCAAGCAUGUGUGCCACAAGAGGCUAACCUGCACCCAACCCAGUACCCUCCUGCCAACCUGUCUGAUGGGUUUCUAAAGGCCACUCUGGCUUUGGGGUGGUGUGCUGAGUCCAGCCAUCUCUGCCCUGCCUGAGCACAGCAGAUUGCACCAUAGCUGCAAGCAGCUGCUUGCAGCUUGAGGCAAAAUAAUUGUUGCUCUUUGGCCCCAUCCUGCCUUCCCCAGGAGGUGUUUGGGAAGGGCUAUGGCUGCUGCCCCUGAGCACGCUUACAGGCACCUGCUACUGCAUGCAGUUGCGACAAGACUUCACAGCAGGUCCCAGCAGUCAGCCCCUGCUCCCCCAGCUCCACUCCCAACACUCUUCCGGCUGCAGCUGCUAUCUCCUGGCCCUAGUCAGGCACUCCCACCCUCCAGGGGCAGGUGCUAUGUGUGCACUUCUCCCAGCAGCCAGUGCUGUGCAGCUUCAUAGAAUAUUUUUUGCAAUUGUAGAGUAAGAGCCUAGCUGUAAUCCAUGAGUGGAGCAUGAGUGCAUAUAGCUCUGUGCAGGGGGUUCUUGGUUUGUCAGCACAGCAUCCCCCCUGCAUACCCUGCCCUGCUGGCUGGUUCACUCUUACCACAGGGAGGCUCUCCCUAAGGGCAGCCCUCAGUGUCUCUGCUGAGGUUGCCCAUUGGAGAAGACCCUCACAAUAAGACAACUGUAUAGCAUGGAGCUGAAGCCUCUAAGCUCCUCAUGUAUCAGGGGCAAAAAAGCCAUUAAAAGGGAGCAAGUUUUGCAUUCUUGAUGUGUGACACACUAGUCCCCUACAGCUGCUAGCAUACCUUUCUGCCUUGUGCCACCCAGUGACAUCCAGCAACCUCAUACUUUGUCUACCAAGGCAGGUAGUGAAGCCAACCAGCUGGGCCUGUCUGUGGCUAACACAGGCAAGUUCAGCCCUGUGUUCACAUGUGCAUAUGUCUACACACAACAACCCUAAUGCAAGUGCCUUGCUCUUUAAGGGGACAGCUCCCACUGACCAGGAUCCAUUCCCUGGAAGCUGGUCCCCCCUAUCUUAUGCCAUCCCCUGCCCUCCCUCCCCACCUGGUAUAGGAACUGCCACCUUGUACAUUCCCCACCCAGCACAUCCUGCUCUCUGCCCUACCAACAGCAGCAUGAAUCCAGAUCCCAUACCUGCACCCUCCUUGCCUGCCACCCCCCCACAGCCCUGCUCCCACAAGCACAGACCUGCUCACCUCUUGCACCCAUCCCCCUUCACCUCUGCCCUUGUAGUGUCUCCCAUUCCAAGAGUCAUACCCACACUUCCCUCAGCCCCUUCUCUUGCUGUCUCUGGAACAUUUCCUUCAGCUCUAGGAAGUUCACAGUCACCUGUAAUGCCUUCACUACUUCCCCUGCCCCUGAGCUGUCCCCAGCCCUGGAGUCCUACAUCUGAGGAUGCCCUCUUGCAGGGAGGCCUCUCCUCAGCUUUUUUUCCUGGGUGGAGGCUUUGGGCUUCUCUUCUGCUGCUCCUGAUGCUUCCAAGCCUCCUCCUUCCCCAUCUCUGCUUCUUGCUAAAGCAGCUUGUACCUGCCUUCCAAGCAAUGCAGCAUAGAAAAAUGGGGUUGGAAGGACCCUCAGGAGAUCACAUCUAGUUCAGGCCCCUGCCUGAUGCAGGAGCAUGCUUGACUAUGCCACCCCAGAUAACGGUCUGUCUAACCUAGUCUUAAAUCUGUGCAACCAACACAAUGACCAGACACAGUGCCCAAAAACACCAAGAACACCCCAACCUGCCACAGGUAAAGCAGGGAUACAAGGGCACUGUCAGUGUCCUACUACUGCAAAGACAGGACAUAAUUGUUAAAUUCACUCAAGACUAGAGGCGGCAAAACCUCACAGCCCAUACCAGUCUGACCUAGGGGAAAAUUUCCUUUCUGAUCCUAAAUGUGGCAAUCAGUCUGACCCUUAGUCCUGCCUGCCAGCCCCCCACGCUCAUGGUGAUGCCUGAUGCGUUCUCUGCUUCUCUGUGCUCACCUCACUCAGGUCUGCUCCCUUCACCCUCCAUGCUGAAGCCUAGCUGACCAGCCAGUAGCUCAUCCACUCCUUACCUCAACAGUCCUGGGCCAGUUUGCCAUGGUUGGGACUCAGGUUACACCAAGUGCAUUCUCUGUUGCUGAGUCCCCCUGUGCCACCCCAUGGUCUCCCAGCAUGGCCUGUGGCUUCCUCCCCAUACCCUGAAAUUCCGCUUCCCCAGGACAUCCACUACUCAGCAGCAGUGGCUUCCAACACUUUGUAGCCCUCUCCUCCCUGGAUGAACUGGUUGCUUACCUCCAUGUUCCAUGCUCCUCUCUCUCCUUCCCAUUUCCAGGUCCCUCUUGUUGGCCCAAGCCCAGAGUCACUCCAGCAUCUGGAUCUUGCACUUGCUCUCACUGGUCAGGGUGCUUCAGAGACUGAGACUUGCUAGGCAAAGAGGAGUCUCCCAGGAGCAAGAUCUGAUCAAAGCCCCAAGGAUUUGCAGUGGGGCAGUGGAGAGAGGCCCUGGAACUUGGUUUACCUCAAAGCAACUCCAGAGUUUGUCAUGCCCUGCUCCACUGCCCUCCCUCCCUCCCCCCAAGCACAAGCACAAAAGUUUCCCCUCCACUCUCAUCCCUCCAUGUGGCCCCUCUUCUCUAUAUCCUGCCUAUCCCUUUAAUGCUCAUACCUUCCCCCUGCUCCCCCACCCCCACCAUGUUCUUUUCUGUACUCUCCCCCUUUUCUCUGGCUCCUUCUCACAAGUUAAGCAUGCUGGAGUGUCUUGACCCCUUUGGCCUUCCAUCAGCCCCGAUCUCCCUUUCAUCUCUCAGCACAUUGAACAUACUGUCUGCCACCCCUGCCUGGAGUUCUUUCCUCUGACUCCCUUCCAGACCUGCUCCCAUGAGGUUUCUGGCCUUUGCACUCAGCUGAGGCUGAUCCUGCCAGGGCUGGUCCCUGUGGGCCUGUUCUCAGACCACACUCCCAUCUUCCCUGCCCUGCAGCUGCCUUCAACCCAGCUGCUCUUGGAAUAUUGCCCUUUUUGUGCAUCCAUGACCAUUCUCCUGCCAAGCAGCCUUCCCAUCUCAGCUCUCCCUUCCUCUGCAAAGAGCUCACAGGGGUCCAGCCUUGGCCCCCUUCUCUUACCUUAGGCUGAUCUCACCCCUGAACACAAAUGCAGCUCCCUUGUUUCUUCUGUUGCCUUGCAGAGACUCCAUCUGCUCUGGACAAAGCAAAGUUCUUAAACAGCCUCUAGCAUCUCCCAGAGGGUGCCUAGCAAUCAGCUAUACCUAAGGCUGUCCCUAGUGGGGGGCGAAUCGGAGCAACCUCCCUGGGCCCUGUGCUUUGGGGGCCCCACAGAGGUGAAUGGAGUGGCCGCAGCUGCAAUUUAGCCCACCCACUUGCCAGGUGGGUCGGACGGCUCUUUGCUUGUUCCGGCCGGAAGUUCUGGCUGCAAUGUCCCGCCGUGUCCGUUGUGCUGGGGCUUUUGCUUCCUGGCGUAAGUGUGCCGUGGGAUGGGGAGGGGGACCCUGUGCAUGCUGCUUUGCCCUGGGCCUGCUGGGAUCAUGUCUGGCUACCAGAGUUCUUCAUCUCUCCCCACCCUGAACUUUCUACUCCCUCCUUUCCCAGUCAUAUACUACCACCAUCCUGCCACUCAGGCCCAUAUACUUAAUGCCACCUUUUCUUGGCCUCUCCCUAGAAGCCAGGCUAGGUCUAGCUGUCUUUGGCCUUUCUGCACUUCCCAGCAGACUUGGAGAGCCAGCUGGCCUGUAAAGUGUAGUCCAUCGCAGGGGGAGGCAGGUCCCUCUCUGGCUCAAUUUGGGAUGAUCACAUCAAUCCCAAGAGCAACGGGAGAUGGGCCCUGGCAGCUCUGCUGCCUGUGUGCUAGGGCCCAGCACAAUCUGUGUGAGGGUGCAGCUGCAGCCUGUGGUGGGGGAGGGAAGGAGGGUCCAGUGAGUAGCAGCCUAGUGAAUGUUCCCAGAGCAUCCCCUCCCAGGGCAUCCACAGAGAUAGUGGUAGCACAUACCCUGCACAACCCAACCCUGGGAAGCACCGGGGGGGGGGGG